AUGACAAACGAACCUAUCAAAGAGAUCCUGGGCACCCCAAAGCAUCCUGAUUCUGUAGCCACAGAGAAGAGUAACAACAAUGACUGUGUGAUAACCACCAUCCCUCUGGUCAGCGAGUGCCAGCUGACAGCAGCCACGGGGGGAGCAGAGCUCUCCUGCUACCGCUGCACCAUUCCCUUCGGCGUGGUCAUCCUGAUCGCCGGCGUCGUGGUCACUGCCGUGGCAUACAGCUUCAACUCCCAUGGAUCCAUCAUCUCCGUCUUUGGGCUGGUCCUCUUGUCCUCAGGACUCGUUCUGCUGGCUUCCAGCGCGGUGUGCUGGAAGAUCAGGCAGCAGAGCAAGAAGGCAAAGAGGAGGGAGAGCCAGACAGCGCUCGUGGCAAACCACAGAACCUUGUUUGGUUAA